AUGGCUGAGUGGAGAAACCUGACUGUGAAAUGGUGGGAUGCACCCGACAAGCAGAAUCCCAAACUCGAGUGUUCUGUCCUGAAGACUCUGCUCUCAGACAAGACCAAACUAGUCUGCUGUACACACACAAGCAACAUUCUCGGCACCAUCAGCGAUAUCAAACAGAUUGCUGAGACCGUUCACACUGUCCCGGGUGCCUUGCUGUGUGUAGAUGCAGUGGCUUAUGCACCACACAGACAAGUCGACAUGCGAGACUUGGAUGUGGAUUUCUACUGCUUCUCAUGGUACAAGGUCUAUGGUCCACAUAUCGCUAUGCUGUACGCAAAGCAAUCAAGUCAAUCAAAACUACAAACACUCGGCCAUUACUUCAAGGGUUCGGCUUCAUUGGAAGAUAAACUCGGUCUUGCAGCUGCCAACUACGAACUCACUGCCUCAAUUCCCAAGGUUUGUGAGUAUCUAUCGCAGAUCCCUUGGCAAGCAAUCUCUAGCCAUGAAGAGAAGUUGCAAGGUAUUCUGAUUGACUACCUCAACUCGAGAAGCGAUGUCAAGAUCUGGGGCGAGCCCGUCGCAGAUGCUGCAAAGCGUGUUCCUGUGAUCAGUUGGACUGUCGAUGGACGCAGCAGUAAGGAUAUCGUCGAGGCUGUCGAGGCAAAGAGUGAUUUUGGCUUCCGCUGGGGUGCUUUCUACUCGAACCGCUUGGUCCAAGAAGUCAUGGGGUUGGAUCCUGUGGACGGUGUUGUCAGAGUCAGUCUCGUCCACUAUAAUACUGGUAAGUUCUUGAGGCGUACAAUUCAUGGAUUAUUGAGCUGA